AACUGUCUGGUAGGUGUGUCUCAUUACAGUCACUGUCACGUCUUAUCUCAACAGCUGGGUGGAGUAAAAGUCGGGUCAGCUCAUACCUAGUGUGUGUAAUAAAGGAUUUCUCAGACAGCUCAAGUAUUUAAUGAACUUUUGGAGAGCAGGCCAGUCCUUUGGAAUGAAGUCUGAAGUCGUCUCAGUCCUUUUGGUCCUACAACUGAAUAGUGUUUGGACUGUCACAUGGACCGAAAGUGAUUAUUGAUUAUCUUUCAUUGUUACUUCUGUACUUUAAUUUUUAAUUCACAUAUAUUCGGAGCAGUUUGGGGUUUUAAAGACAUUUUAAAUCCGUUAUUGCGCUGGGGGAAGACUUUAUUAUAUUUCCAAGUGUGCUCGUUUUAACUGAAGCAGAAGAUGGGAAAAGAUACGCGGGCAUCGCAGGACAAAAACGCGCAGAAUUCGAUGGACAAUGGGCCACAUUUGGGAGCUGGGGGUCCAGAUGCCGCGCAGCAAAUUGAAUGCAGCAGCAUCCCAAACGGCGACAGCGGCUCUGCCGCCAAUACGCGUUUAUACAAGAAGCGCUGGAUGAUCGUGUUCCUGUUCAGCGCAUAUUCCCUGAGCAACGCGUACCAAUGGAUCCAGUACGGGAUCAUCAACAACAUAAUGAUGAAGUUCUACAACGUGGAAGCCUUCUCCAUAGACUGGCUGUCCAUGAUCUACAUGCUCACCUACAUCCCAUUCAUCUUCCCGGUCACCUGGCUCCUGGAUAAGAAAGGGCUGCGGGUCACAGCGCUGCUGGCCAACGCGCUCAACUGCGCCGGGACAUGGAUCAAGGUGGCCAGUGCCAAACCCAACUUGUUCGGGGUGACCAUGGUCGGACAGCUCGCAAGUUCCCUUGCCCAGGUGUUCAUCCUCGGGAUGCCCUCUCGCCUGGCGUCAGUCUGGUUCGGCGCGGAUGAGGUUUCCACCGCCUGCUCCAUCGGAGUUUUUGGGAAUCAGAUGGGUAUUGCCAUUGGGUUCCUGCUCCCACCCAUCCUUGUGCCUAAUGUGGACGAUAUCAAUGAGCUGGCGAACUACAUCAGAAUCAUGUUCUACAUCAGCGCAGGAGUUGCCACCCUCAUCUUUAUCCUCGUGGUCAUUGUGUUUCAGGAGAGACCGGAGAUCCCGCCCACCCAGGCCCAGGCUCAUGCCAGGAACAUCCCCCCCGGCGAGUACUCGUACACAGCUUCUGUCUUGAGGCUGCUGCGCAACAAGCCCUUCAUGCUCCUGGUGGUCACCUAUGGGCUGAACGUCGGCUGCUUCUAUGCUAUUUCCACACUGUUGAAUCAGAUGAUCAUUGAACAAUAUCCUGGUGAAGAAGUGAAUGCUGGGAGAAUUGGUCUGACUAUUGUUGUUGCUGGCAUGGCGGGGUCCAUCAUAUGUGGCAUUUGGCUGGACAAGACCAAAACAUACAAACAAACAACCUUGGCCGUAUAUCUCCUCUCUCUGAUUGGGAUGCUGGUUUACACCUUCACCCUCAACCUGGGUCACCUGUGGGUGGUGUUUGUCACAGCUGGAGUUUUAGGCUUCUUCAUGACAGGAUAUCUACCUCUGGGCUUUGAGUUUGCAGUAGAGCUAACCUAUCCAGAAUCAGAGGGAACCUCAUCCGGACUGCUUAACUGUUCAGCUCAGAUCUUUGGAAUCAUUUUCACCAUCUCUCAAGGGAAGAUUAUCGAUAGAUGGGGCACUUUAGCAGGAAACAUCUUCCUGAGUAUCUUCCUGCUAAUAGGAACAGUACUGACAGGAUUUAUCAAGUCCGACCUCCGACGCCAGAAGGCCAAUCUACAACAGUCUGAGGUGAAGGUAAUGAGUCCUACAGGCUCUGUGUCAUCGGUGCAGGACUACGGGGCCACAACGUGCAGCGGCCACAGGCAAUGGCGGUCUUGACAUAAACCCACAACCUCACUAAAAUCCAAACACACACCUUCCAAGGUAGGGGAACACCCUCUUUACACCAAGUUAACACCAGUAAUACCACACACGCAUGCACGCACGCACACAGACAGGCAGGCACACAACAGAGUAACAUGUGACAGUAAACAAACCUUAUCUUCAAUGUCAAAAUGCCACUCAAAUCUCCAGAACAUUCAACAAAAGUGUUACAAACCACAUUGUCUUUCAAUUUACAAAAAUAGAUGACAGGUAUUUUUAAUACUUGAGGUUAUUACUACUGAACUGCAGUACAUUCUGCUCCACUCCACAAUCAAAAUAAACAGGUUGAACAUAGAUUUAAUGCAAGAGAUUCAUGUUUUAAGGUGUUUAAUUAAUACUCUAAUGUACAGAAUAAUUUUGGUCUAUGUUAACGUUCUGUUGUCUUUCUGAAGGCUGUGAUGAGUUGAGAAUUUGUGUUUUCUGAUUUUAAAAAAACUACUACUUUUGCUCAUUUGUUGGAUGAUACAAUUGUAAUUGUUUUCUGUCCUCUUCCUUUACAGAAAGCAAAAGCUGAUCUAGAAGGAGCCGUCUCUCCCCCUGAAGUCCUGAAAGAGAGGAAGUUAUAAGGAGGAUAGAAUGUCAAAGAUACCUGUACAGAUUAAAGCAGAAAUACUGACACUGUCAAACAUAAACAUGCACACACAUAACAUACUGAGCAGCCCUCUGUGUCGCCUUAAACACCUGCAGACCUGAAUGCCACGCUCUGACCUGAACACUAGAGAUUCCCACUAAUAUCCCAAGUGCAACUUAGCUCAUCUCAAACAAAGCACAAGUCAAUCAUGCACAAUGGGAACACACUUGGAACCUCAAUGGUUUUUACACCCCUACACAAAAUCAUCUUUGUAAACAUUAUUGUAUCUAAUGUAGGCAUUUUAAAUGUCCUGUCAGUGCAAUGCAACUGCCACUUCAGUGACUCCAACAUUACUACACUCUUUCACUUAACUUUCGCAAGCUUUUACAGUCCCCCUCUGAUUAGUGUUAAUGUAGUGUUCUAUGCAUCUAAUGAGCAAUAUUUAAACUGUUUCCUCAUAUUGGACUAAUAAUGUGUGUAAGUGAACUGAGUCUUUACAUUGCUGAAGCAUUCUAUUGAGUGUUAGUGUUUAAUGCAGACUAAAGACUGUGCUGUUUUCCUGUCAUGGCAGUCAGAUCAACAAGGCUCAUCUCUGCCUGUCAUUCAGGAUCACAUGGAAGUAUUACUUCUGCAACCUGCUGAUUAUGAAUACGAUUGAUGCUGUGCAUCAGUUUUGUCCUUGUUUUACUGUAAGUGAUCUCUACAAGAUAUUUGGUGAUACAUAACUGGAUGAACAUGUGAGAGCCUCUGGAACAUGAAGAAUGAUGGCACAGCAGAAAACAUGAUGGAAGGCAAGUCGAUCUACUGCAGUUGUCAUUUUGCACAAGAAAAUGUUUUUAUGUGUGAUACUACUUAGCUUGUAAAAUUGUUACUGAGAAAUGAAGUUCAUGCUAUGUAACCAUUGUUUGUACAGUUUGUCAUUAACAUGUUUUACUUGAUGUGUUGUGAUAAGCUGUCUGGUGAUUUUACGGUUUUUAUGAUGAAUGUUGGGAGUUUUUCUUUCAGUGGUAUUUUAGUACAUUUUACAGUGCAGCACAAAUAUUAAAUGUUUGUCAAAAGAAAAAGAAAAAAAAACACAAUUACGCCCUCGGAAACAAGAUGUCUCACAACUUAUUUUUCACAUGUAGUUUAUAAAUACAUAUCAUCCAAAAUCUAAUCAUUUCAUUAUCUAAAAGUUUUAUAUGACAAUAAUUGGGUGUAGAAACAUUACAUAGCACAGAACAAACAUCGAGAGUAAUUGAUGAUAUUCGUGUUUAUGAGACUUUGCAAUGAAGAGCAUAGCAUAGUUUUAUACUGUAUAGUCAUCUGAGUUCUUUGGUAGAUCAUCACGUCAAACCAUUUUUGAUUGCACUGUGAACUGUAAAUUUAAUAAACAUUAAAUACAG